AGAAAACAUAUUUUUUAAAUGGAGUUUGGAUAAAAGACGCUACCGAUAGGCCUACUCUGCGUGUUUCAGAAAGUUUGUUUAUCACGCAACCAGAGGACAACGAACAUGAACAACAACCUGAAAAUGAUGUGGACAACACUCUGCAAGAGAACUUUGAUUAUGAAGAUCUCAAGCUUCCCCUGGGUGCCAGUGACUCUUCAGAUACUGCCAGUGCUCCACUGUUGCCAUCAACUGUGUUUUGUAUGCAGCAAGGGGACAAACAGACUGAUAUACAAGACCAAGAACUGUACGAGGACUGCACUUUGCAAGAUGACAAUGAUGAGGGAAGACUUCGAGCUUUUCAUGAGUGCCAGUGACAGUGAGUCUUCAGAUGAAGAUGGCUACUAUGAUCAGGCAGACAGUUUCAUGGAAGAGGAUCAGCUUGAAGACACUGACAUUUUUGGGGAGGAAAAUAUGGAUGCAGAUGGGUUCAGGGUCACAGAAGACAGCCCUGAACAUUUGAUGUUGAAACUGCUUGCAUUUAUGCUUUUGGCAUGGCAGGCUGUUUUCAAAAUAUCAGACCGUGCAAUUUUUGCACUCUUGCGGUGCAUAAGACAAUUAAUUUGGCUCAUGGGACAUAUUCUGUGUGUGAACACACUCUGUGGGCUGGCUGGAAAGAUCCCUAAGACUUUAUAUUCACUCAGGAAAUGGACUAACAUCUGCAGAGACAGCUUUAGCCAGUUUGUACCACAACUGUGCAGUUAAGUCACACUAGGGAGAGAGUGUCUGUGGUCAUUCCAAUGUGUACAGUGGUAGAGAUUUAAAAAAGUUGUAUCUCUGAAGUGACCAUUUGUGUGUGAAACAUUUUUGUUGUUUACAUUGUUUUACAUUGUUUAUUUUGCAGGUUUUGUAUUGUUUGAGUGGAUUUUACACUAAAUAAAUUUGCAUAA